GCACCAGCAGCCUCUUAGCGAGAAGGCCCAGAGCCAGUUAAAGCUGGGCUCUUUGCGUGGGGCCGUUCAGCGCAUUCCGCAUCCUCUCCUCCCACUCGUCGUCGCGCGCUCUGCGGCAGCAGCCGGGGAGCUCGCGCACUAGGCAGCAGGAGACCAGCUCGGCGGCAGCCCGUGCCCCGGCGCAGCACGAGAAGCCCUCAGCCACAGCCCAGGAACUCGCGCCCCGGGCAGCACGAAACACUCCUGGUCGGGGGCUCGGCAGCAGCCCGGGAGCUCGCGCACCAGGUAGCAUGAGCAGCUCCCCUCAUUCUACUCGUCAGAAGCUCAGCGGAAGGAACGCUCGGUAAAAGGACAGUUACCAGUAACCUCGCGAGAGUCGGGCGCGGGCGGGGGGGACUGAGCAGGCGCUAUGGCUGCGGCGGCGGCAGCGACGGUUGGGAACGGAGCCGUCCCCCCCGCGAUCGGCGGCUCCUUGGCGGGCUCCUAUCGCCCUUUCGAGCCCCAGGCGCUGGGGCUGAGCCCGAACUGGCGCCUGACGAGCUUCUCCGACAUGAAGGGAUGAGGCUGCAAGGUCCCCCAGGAGGCGCUGCUCACGCUCCUGGCGGGACUGACGCAGCCGGAGGAGCGGCCCCCGCGGGCCCCCGGCUUAGGCCUCGGCUUCGGGGACAGCACAGCGGAAGAGGCGGCGGGGUCGGUCGUCCCAGAGCCGGGGCCGGACGCCGGGCCCUUCGUGUCCUCCGCGGCGGGCGCCGGCCCCUCCUCCCCCACCCUAGGCAUAGGAAUGGACUCGUGUGUGAUCCCUCUGAGACACGGAGGGCUUUCGCUCGUGCAGACCACCGACUUCUUUUACCCUUUGGUUGAAGACCCCUACAUGAUGGGACGAAUCGCCUGUGCCAAUGUGCUCAGUGACCUUUAUGCCAUGGGCAUUACCGAAUGUGACAAUAUGCUGAUGUUACUCAGCGUCAGCCAGAAGAUGAAUGAGGAGGAGAGGGAAAAAAUCAUGCCUCUGAUGAUCAAAGGCUUUAGGGACGCCGCCGAGGAAGGAGGGACCUCAGUGACCGGGGGACAGACCGUGGUAAACCCCUGGAUCAUAAUUGGAGGGGUGGCGACUGUGGUCUGUCAGCCUAAUGAGUUCAUCAUGCCAGACAGUGCAGUUCCUGGGGAUGUGCUGGUGUUGACCAAACCUUUAGGAACUCAAGUGGCCGUCAAUGCCCACCAGUGGCUGGAUAAUCCAGAGAGGUGGAAUAAGAUAAAGUUGGUGGUAACCAGAGAAGAUGUAGAAUUGGCCUAUCAGGAAGCUAUGUUUAAUAUGGCCAUGCUGAAUAGAACUGCUGCUGGAUUAAUGCACACUUUUAAUGCUCAUGCUGCCACUGAUGUCACUGGCUUUGGAAUCUUGGGACAUGCUCAGAACCUUGCAAAGCAACAAAGAAGUCAAGUAUCCUUUGUCAUUCACAAUCUUCCCAUCAUUGCCAAGAUGGCUGCGAUUAGUAAGGCCAGUGGACGUUUUGGUCUUCUCCAGGGAACAUCCGCAGAAACUUCUGGGGGUCUUCUGAUUUGUUUGCCCCGAGAGCAUGCAGCUCGCUUCUGUGCUGAAAUUAAAUCUCCUAAAUAUGGAGAGGGUCACCAAGCAUGGAUUAUUGGCAUUGUGGAAAAAGGAAACCAGACAGCUCGCAUCAUCGACAAACCAGGAAUUAUUGAAGUAACACCACGUGGAGCCACUGUACCUCUUCAUCCCAAUAAUUCCCAUGCUAGUCUUGAGCCUGGUUCAUGAGAUGGCAAAGCAGCAUUUAUUUGGACCUUAUAGACUUUUGGACACAAUCAUGGAUCAUUUUAAAGAACUACUUACUGUUUUUGAGGAAGGGGAAAUUUCCAAAGAAACUUGUUUGAAUGGUAAAGUUGCCCACUUUGGGUGACUUUGUUUAAUGAGCCAGUUAAGGAAAACAGCUGCUUUUGUGCUUAUUUCAAUGUCAUAAAUUAUAUUUUAGAUGUUUUCUACUCUCUGGAUGGGUUUGGCCUUCUCUUCUAUAGGAGGGAAGCAGGGUGAUUUUAUUUCCCCUUCCAGGAGAGCAGCCAGAUGAAGCUGUUAAAGUUUGAGAAUUUUUCUUGAACUAUGUGAUUAGAGAGAUUGCUUGGUUGAUUAUAUUCAUACAUAGGAAAUUAGAUUAUUUAUUGAAGGUGAAGGACACAUUGAAAAGAACUUAGAUCAUAAGCAAAUAAGCCUGGAACAAAAACUUUCAAACUUGUAAUAGUAGGAUGGUAUUAUAUGGAAUUAUUUAUUGGAUUUUUUUUUUCUUGUGAAAUGUUGGUCUCUUCCCCACCCUGGCCAAGAAGUGAGCAGCUUGUCCAAAGGUUGGGAAGUAAUGACCUGAAGCCAUUCUGCUAACCUUGCCUUGUCUCUAUUUAUGAUGCUUCUCCCAUAAAACCCCUUUAAGGGCUGGAAGAGGCUGAGCAAAACCUCAGAGCCUAGGCCUUGGUGUCAUUAAAAUGUAUGAUCUUUAAGUUGUCAAUUCCUGGUCACUCAACUAAUAAAAGUUAAUUUUUAGAUCUCAAUAAAUAAUUUAAACAAUCUAGAUAAACUGUAUCCUUAGCAUUCCUCUUAAUCUAUCAGUAUAGCAACACUAUCAAAAAAGGAAAAGAGGUAGUUUGGCAUGAUCUGUUCUUGAUGCCAUGCUGGUUUGCUAUGAGCACUAUACCCUUUUCUAGAUAGUCAGGAAUGACUUAUUUUCUAAUAGAUUCUAUUGUUUUGAUAGGUAUCAAAGUUACUCUCUCUGGUCCUUUGUUGAAAAUCAUUACAUUACCUUUCUCCAAGUCUGGGGCACUCCUAUUCUGGAAAAAGUUCUAGAUAUUUGGAAGAGACCUGGUUUCAAGUCCUUUCUCUGACACUAGUUAUAUGAUCAUGGGCAACUCAUGUAAUGUCUCUGAAUUUGUUUCCUCAUCACUAAAAUAUACCUGUAUUUACUUCACAGGGUUGUUAUGAGACUCAAAUGAAAUAAUGCUUGUAAAGUGAUUUGCAAAUCCUAAAAGAAAUAUAUAAAUAUCAACUAUUUCAAAUAUCAGUGACCAGUGGUUUAGCAAUCACAUCCUUCUAAGUCUGUUAAAUGAAGUGCCCUGGAAAGUAGUUCAUGUGUGCCUAGUAACUUGAAUUUAUUCAGUCGUGUUCUCAAUAUAGUUUUGCUUAUCUUAUUUCUAUUAUCUGUUAUCUACUUUUUGUUCUGUCCUUUCCAGUCCAAAGACAAUUCCAUUUGGAAGAGAAAUAAAGAACUGAGUAAUUUUGUUAAGGAUCAAAUGAGAUGAUGUAAAGCACUUUGGAAACCUUAAAGUGUUAUAUGUUUAUUGUUAUUGCUAUUGUUACCAUAGCUUUAUCCAUUCUAGACAGUAGUACUACCCCCAUCUUUUAUCCUUCUCUUUUAACAAUAUAAGCUAAAUACAUCUUUUUGUUGUCUUUAUAUUCCUGGUCAGUCUCAGCUUAUUCCGAACUUUACUGCUUUUUACUGUUGUUUUUAUAGUACCAUACUGUGCUUUUGUGUUUGCUUUCAAUUACCUCUAACCUUCUUGCAACCUUCUACCUUUUAAAAAUCAGUUGGUUAAUGAGUUCCUUGUGCAUCUACAUGAGACUUUUAGAUAGCCUUCUUUUCCUUCUCAGCAUUGCUUCUUUUCCAUAUCUUCAGCAUUUUGUCCUUGAGAGCCUUCUAUUCCUCCUGGGCCGACUUCUUCGCAAAAUUUUAUUCCAUGGGAUCCUACUUUCUCUGAAUUCCGAAAUCUGUUCACCUAUCUAAUGCUAAUCUUUCAUAAACUUUAAGAUGGAAUGGUCACUUCUCUUCCAGGUUGCUAUCAUUUCUUCUUCAGUAGCCAGUUUCUCUUUGUUAGAAUCAACUCUAGAAUACAGCUCACCUUGUUGCUUCCCUUUCAAGGAUAAAGUUAGGAAGGCAAGCCAAAAAAUUAUUGGCUGCGCUUGUUUGGGCAGAGAAAGCUGUAGAUGUCUGGGUAAGUGUAGUUUGCUAUUACUAAUGUAUCAUCAUUGCUAGGGCUUUUAAAAAGAUCUGUUUCCAAAGAUCUUGUGUAUGUUUGAGCCAUAGUAUACUCCCACAACAAUAUUCUUUCUCCUGCAGCUCAAAUGCUUUUUCACUGUGCUUCCCCUUCUGACUCCUGGAUUUUUUCACAUAAAUAUUUUUUCUUAAUUCAUUGUUCAUCUCCAUUCCCCUUUUAGUCUUAAGAUACAUGUCCUUUCAGAGUGAUUUUCUAGACAUGGACCCCAUACCAAGUCUCAGUGAUACCUCUGUGGUCAAAUUUGCUUCCUUGAAUUUAGAUCUCUAUUAUACAUUAUUAUCCAAACUAUGUGCAUUUGUAUACAAAAACCUAAAGCCCUGAGUUUUAUUGUAAGCUCCUUUCUUUAAAUUUUUCCUGAUUAUUGGGCAUUUGCUUUUUUUUUUUCCUAAUUACAUUCUGUAUUUAUAUCUUAAGCCAGGUUCAGAAAUACAAACCUUUUUCUCAAAUACCAUCUUCUCGUUAUGGGAAUGCAGUGGGACCCCAAGAAACCUAAAGCUCCUUACCCCAAGGCCAAGGGAAAAACAACUCUCCCACCUCAGGUAUGAGGUGUGGCAGCACAUGACCCCAGUAUACUGAUAAGCUAUAUCAAGGUCUUCGAGAUGAUAUACAAGAUAUGGAUGGGUGCUUCAUAUCUUAUACCCCAUUAUUCCAAAAUAUCUUACAUUUCCCUCCUAGUUUUUCGUAAUGCUCUUCCCUCCAUUUUGUUUUGUAAAGAUACAAAAGACCAUGUCUUCUCUUACUCAGGCAGGACAGUCAAUAAGGUGAUAUGUACCUGGCCAUUAUUCCUCUCUUCUAAUAAAAUAUCUUUAUACUUUACAA